GUCUCUCCGCCUCUUCCUCCUCCGCCACCACUCUCGACCGCGACGGAUGAUCGGCCUCAAGGGAACGCUCAACGUCAUUGACAACUCAGGGGCCCUCCUCAUCGAGUGUGUCAACGUCCUCAAGCAAAAGGUCAACAACGGCUGGGGCUCCGUCGGCGACGAGAUUGUUUGUGUCGUAAAACGCGCGCGGCCUGUCUCCGGCCAGACCUCUGCAUCUGCCGCCAAGGUCCGCCAGGGCGACGUCCGUCGCGCUGUCAUCGUCCGCACACGCAAGGCCGUCCGCCGGCCAGACGGUCGCUACAUCCGGUUCGAUGACAACGCCGCCGUGCUAUUAAACAACAAGCGCGAGAUGCUCGGUACGCGCAUCGGUGGGGUUGUGAGUGCAGACUUGCGUAUGAAGGGGUGGGGGAAGAUUGUCUCGCUGGCUCCCAAGGUCGUAUGAUAUGUAACCUAUAAUCUGUCGUACCUAUCUUACCAUCACACCU